AUGGCCUCCAGGAAUGGAACCGUGACAUUCCAUUCCAGCAAAUUCUGCAACCGAACACACCCUAUCUUCACAGGGUGGGUGGAGCGUGUCGGGGACAGAGGGAAGCUGCUCACGGCAUGGGCUCCGCAGACGGCCAUCCUGGCACACCCGGCCGUGGGGGCUUUCGUGACGCACUGCGGGUGGAACUCUGUCAUUGAGACCGUGGCGGCAGGCGUGCCGGUGCUCACAUGGCCGAUGGUGUUCGAGCAGUUCCUCAACGAGAGGCUGCUCACGGAGGUGCUUGGGAUCGGGGAGCGGCUCUGGCCCGACGGCGCCGACGUACGGAGCACGAGGGACGAAGAGCACGAGGUGAUCCCUGCCGAGGCGGUGGCUCGGGCACUGACGGCAUUCAUGCAACCCGGAGGACCAGUGGACGUCGCGAGGACCAGGGCAAUGGCCCUCGCCGUGAAAGCUCAGGCAGCCGUCGCGGAAGGAGGCUCCUCCUACAGCGAUCUGCAUCGUCUGCUCCACGAUCUGAUGGAAGCAAGAUCAGGAGGAGGACACCGUUAG